AUGGAUUUCGAAAAGGAGCUAGCGGCAGACUUUGAGAGCGACUCCGACUCCUUUUCCGAGGCCGAAGUGUCCCAAACGGCGGCCCAACCCGCUGCACCCACCAACACCGCCCGAAAACCGGCCACUCUCGCCCAACUACUAGAAAACAGCCAUUUGGCCAAUGUCGGCGCCAAAAUCGCCCAGCUCGACGUGAAACAAGUGGCCGACGUGGAAGAACUCAGCUCCGUGCAUGCGCUCAUGCCGCAGAUCCGCGAGACGUUGGCCCGCCACGCCGACUCGGCCGAAACAGACUACUUGGAGCUUCUACAAGCGAUAAACCACAACCACCAGUCGCCCGAGUAUGCGUUUUUGGCGCAGCUCAGCGAGCUCCCGCCGCUCGUCUCGGACGAAAUGGCGCUCUUGCACCGCUACGCAGCAGUGCAGUACCGGGUUGUCUUUUCUGAGUUGGAGCUGCUUGUUCCAAGCCCUGUGGACUAUUGCAAGAUCGUUCUUGAGAUUGGCCAGGAUCUUGCGGGCAUCCGGGCGCACGAGCCCCGGCUCCGGCAGAUUGUGGCCGGCGACCGGGUUUUGGCCAUUGUCAUGGCGGCCUUGCAGCAGUUCCCGCUGCUGUUCACGUUGAACGACCAGGACAUGGCCAAGAUCGCCCACGCAUGCACCAUGUGCCUCGAGCUCAGCUCUUUUCUCGACGAGGUGGCGGCGUUCAUAUCGCAACGCCUCUCCAAGUUUGCGCCCAACGUCUCUGCUCUAAUAGGCCCUGUGGCCACGUCUCAGCUUCUUAUCAGCACGGGCUUCUUUGAAGCAUGUUGGCUCUCACGCCGUCGUGCAACCUUCCGUCUUUUGGCGUGCGGGACUUGCUGUCGCAAAACGAAAACCCACUCCAACUUUGUGCGGGCAACAGGAUACCCUCUACUACUGCGAUCUAGUCAAGAGCCUUCCGCCGGGAAAUCGUGA